AAACAAGAUACAUCCCUGUAAAACACAAGCAGCUUGAUUAAGGAAGGACGUGUCUCGCUAAAGCUUUAAAACCAUGAAAAGAUGCAAUCUUGCUUGCUAUCGCCCACUUUCAGCGCUGGCAGACCAAAAACAGUAAAGAGAUUCCACGCAAAAUCAGCAAAGGCUCAAAUCUGAAUUCGAACCGAGAGACAGAGAGAGAUCCAAACACUCUCGACAAUCAGAGGCUUAUUCAGACUACAAUUUCUGUAUAUGGCACAACCCUGCACCUGUAAUGACGAUGAGCCUGAAUGGAUAAAAAAGGUGAAAUCAGAAGGUGCCAUUCCACAUCUUGAUCCUGAAAACUGUUCAAAUGGUUGGGCAUCUCCACAUGGGGAUGCUUUCAUGGUAAGAGGCCCAGACUACUUUUCAAACAGAGUCAAAAUCCCAGCGAGCGAAUAUCUUCUAAAACCUCUUGGUUUUGAUUGGAUCAAAGGUCCUUCAAAACUUUCCAAUCUCAUGUGUAAUCCUGAACACUACAUCAGGAAGGCUCUUCCGGAAGAUUGCCCUUCAGGCGUGAGGCCCUUUGUUUGGGCUUUCAACUUACAAGUUCCUAGCAAGGAUAACUACAGCGCCGUUGCAUAUUUUGUGGAUAUGGGGCCCACUAUGGAGGGAUCAUUGAUGGAUCAGUUCUUGAGAGGAGACACUGCUUUUAAAAAUACAAGGCUGAAAUUGGUAGCGAAUAUUUCUAAAGGUCCUUGGAUUGUUAAAAAAGCAGUUGGGGAGCAGGCUAUUUGUGUCAUUGGGCGGGUACUAACUUGCAAUUAUUGCACAGGAGACAAUUUCAUAGAAGUAGAUAUAGAUAUUGGAUCCUCAGUGGUUGCAAAUGCAAUUGUUCAUCUAGCAUUCAACUACUUAACAAAGUUGACUGUUGACAUAGCUUUUCUGAUUGAGAGCCAAACUCAAUCGGAACUUCCUGAACGAAUUCUGGGAGCUGUGCGGUUCUCUGAGCUGGACCCCGCUUCAGCAAGGAUAGUUGAAGUAUCACCUGAGCAGAGCUUGGAUAGGUCACAGUCGUCAUUUUCUCGGCUAUGGAAGUCACUUGGAAGCAGUUUUUCCUCAACUCACAAGGGUGCUCAAGAUAGUGGGGCCGUCUCUGAAGCAGGGAAAAAUGAAGGAAUUGUAGACUAGUUGUAAUUGUCCAUUGGGCAUAUACAAAUUCAAUGAUUAAAAAAUGUGUAUUCCCAUUAUAAGGCUGAUGUUUUUUUAUUCAAGCGUUGCAAUGUUUCUCAUACUACACUGUGCUGAAUUGAAUCUAUUUUUAACAAAUUAGUUUUGCUCAUGGACAAACAAUCAAACAUUCAUCUAUGUUUCUUAUAAAAGAAUCUCGUUAUCCUGCUG